UCGGAUGCCACUCUCCCAACGCAACUCCUCUGUACACUCUCCCCCCGCAAUUUGCACCCGCGCCGCGCCGUCUGCGUCGCCUUGCUCGCGUUCGCGUCCGUGCGUCCCCUUCGCGACACAGGACAAGGCCUCCCAACCGCCGCUACCUCCUCAUCCCCUCUCACCACCAGCCAUUAACUAGCUAGCUACCAAGCUGCCGAGCUCCCUUCGAUCGUCUUGCUGCCUCCCUCCACAGUCCACACGCAGUACGCCAGCGCGCGCCGCCGCAGGAGCAGAGGGAAGAGGCGAGUGGGUCUGAGAGAGAUAUCGAUGGAUCACGCAGCGGAGGCGCAGAGGACGGACCUGAUGACGAUCACGCGGUACGUGCUCAACGAGCAGGGCCGCCACCCGGAGUCACGCGGCGACUUCACCAUCCUGCUCUCCCACAUCGUGCUCGGAUGCAAGUUCGUCGCCUCCGCCGUCAACAAGGCCGGCCUCGCCAAGCUCAUCGGCCUCGCCGGCGACACCAACGUCCAGGGAGAGGAGCAGAAGAAGUUGGAUGUGCUCUCCAACGAAGUCUUUGUCAAGGCGCUCGUCAGCAGCGGUCGCACGUGUGUUCUUGUGUCCGAAGAGAAUGAGGAGGCCAUCUUUGUCGACGGUCCUCUCCGUGGAAAGUACUGCGUUUGUUUUGAUCCACUGGAUGGCUCCUCCAAUAUCGAUUGUGGCGUCUCCAUCGGGACGAUUUUCGGGAUUUACAUGAUUAAAGAUAAGAGCAACGUGACUUUGGAAGAUGUACUGCAACCUGGAACAAACAUGCUUGCUGCAGGCUAUUGCAUGUACGGGAGUUCAUGCACGCUUGUUUUGAGCACUGGAAAUGGAGUAAACGGUUUCACCCUUGAUCCAUCCCUUGGCGAGUUCAUUCUAACUUAUCCAAACAUCAAGAUACCAACCAGAGGAAAGAUCUACUCAGUCAACGAAGGGAAUGCCAAAAAUUGGGAUGCGCCUGUAACGAAGUUUGUGGAGAAAUGUAAAUUUCCCCAGGAUGGUUCGUCACCUAAAUCCUUAAGAUAUAUAGGAAGUAUGGUUGCUGAUGUCCACCGUACCUUGCUAUAUGGAGGCAUAUUUUUGUACCCUGCCGAUAAGAAGAGCCCAAACGGAAAACUCCGUGUGCUGUAUGAAGUGUUCCCAAUGUCAUUCCUGAUGGAGCACGCUGGAGGCCAGGCUUUCACAGGGAAACAACGGGCCCUUGAACUUGUCCCCAGAAAGCUUCACGAUAGAUCUCCAAUAUUCUUGGGGAGCUAUGAUGAUGUGGAAGAUAUCAAAGCUAUGUACGCUUCAGAGUCUAGCACCGCUUGAUCUGUGUUACUGGAGAGUAAAGACACAUGAAUCAUACUCCAGACUGAUCAUAGACAUUUAUUUUCUGCUAUUUUGCCUUGAUGUAAAAAAAGAAUCAGCCUGUACUGACACGGUUUGGUUUUCACAUAAGUACCUGCUUCAUCAAUAUUAACGAAUAAAGGCCCAUAAUUCUUACAUAAUUUGGUUG